AUACACCUACCCAUACCCACAAUCCCACUAGCAUAACAAAUCUUCCACAUUAUUAUUACUUCACAUAUACUCCAAACAACCAACUUUCUUUCUACCAUUUCUUGAUUUUCCGUCCAAGAAAACCAUGCCGGAACCCCACUUAAACGGUGCCUAUUACGGCCCAUCAAUCCCCCCACAUUCAUCCAAAACCUACCACCGCCCAAGCAACCGCAGUUCCACCACUUGUUGUUGCAACCCAUUCACUUGUUGUUGUUCUUGCAUCUUCAACUGUAUCUGUACUUGCAUUUUCCAAAUCCUAUGUACACUCUUAAUCAUCGGAGCUGUCAUAGGUUUCAUUCUCUGGUUUAUCCUACGACCAAACAAAGUCAAUUUCCACGUGGCCAACGCUCAGCUAACUCAGUUCACUUACUCUAACAACAAUACCCUCAAUUACGAUCUUGCCCUUAAUGUCUCCAUAAGGAAUCCUAAUAAAAGGAUUGGGAUUUACUAUGAUUUGAUUGAAGCUAGGGGUUUUUACCAUGGGGUUAAUUUUGGUAAUUCGACACUUGAGCCUUUUUAUCAGGGUCAUAAGAAUACUACUGAUUUGGAUCUGAUGUUUAAGGGUACUAAGAAUGAGAUUAAAUUAGGGGAUUAUUAUAAUGGAGAGAAGGAUGAUGGGAUUUAUGAGAUUGGAGUGAAGCUUUAUAUGAGGAUUAGGUUUAAGUUUGGGUGGAUUAAGACUAAGAAGAUUAAGCCUAUGAUUAAGUGUGAUUUGAAGGUUCCUUUUAAGGGUAAUGGUACUUUUGAGAGAACCCAAUGCCAUCUUGAUUGGUGAUUAUUGCUUCUAUUGUUUCUUAAUCUCUUGAUAUUUUUUGGAUAUUAGGAGAUACAAUUCUUGAUAUUGGAAUAUUUUCUCUGUUUUUAGUUGUUUUUUUUUUUUUUGUUAAAUUUUUGUUGGAUUAUUGAGAUAUGAUUCAUCUAUAGACAAUGGUAUAAUCUUGCUUUUCUGGAUAUUGUUUGUGAAUAAAUAAUGAGCUUCUUUAUUUCAUUUUA